AUGUCCAAGUUUUUUGCUGGUUCUGAUAGUGAGAGCUCGUCUUCGGACGAAGAACUGUACUCGUCCUCUGGAGAGGAGGAUAAGGACGUUUCUUCCAGUGAAGAAGAAUCUUCUGAAGAAGACGACUCUGAAGAUGAGUCGAGUGAUGAAGAAUCCGACGAGGAAACUGGAGGUGCUAAAAAAGGUACUCCCGGUUAUUACAUGAGAAAUCAAUUCUUGAAAGGAGGUUCUUCGGCUGGUGCUGAUUCCGACGAAGAGUCGGAGGAUGAGGGCAAAAGAAUUGUCAAAUCUGCUAAAGACAAGCUUGUUGAUGAGAUUGAUGCUUCGAUCAAAGCCAUUGAGAAUGCCAAGAGAAUCAACGAUUGGGUGGCUAUUUCUGGAGAAUUCGACAAGGUCAACCGUCUGGCCGAGCGUGCUGGUAAGCAAUACAGUACCACUCCUCCUCAGUAUAUCAAUAUGUUAAUGGAAUUGGACGAGUUUGCUCAAGAGGCUGUUAAGAACGAGAAACAGGCUAAAAAGAAGAUGAAUGCAUCCAACAGCAGAGCCUUGAACACCAUCAAGCAACGUAUCAAGAAGACCUCUAAGGGCUUUGAGACUAAGAUUGCUGCUUAUAAGAGUGAUCCCGAACUUUAUCAACGUGAGUUGAAGGGUGAGACUACUCCUCAACCCGAGGCUACUGCCUCUUUCAAAAAGACCACUGUUGCCUCGACCACUAGCACCACUGUGGCUGCUGCUGAUGAUAACGACGGAUUCUCCACCGUUGGUAAGGCCGGCAAGGUGCUUCAAUACACUCCUGAAAACAUUUUCAAGACUCUUAUUUCCAUUGUCGAGUCUCGUGGUAAGAAGAAUACUGAUCGUGCUGAGCAGAUCAAGACUCUUGAGGAACUCAACAAGGUGGCCACCACACCUUACCAAAAGAUUUCUGUUCUUCUUAUGUUGAUUCCUAUUAGAUUCGAUCUUACUUCUGCUGGUUCGGUCGUUCCUACUCAAAACUGGAAGGCUGCCGAACAAGAUAUUCGCGCUCUUUUCACUGUUCUAGAGGAGAAUGCUUCUACAUACCGAGUCAGCGAGUCUGCUAGCGAGCCUGAAGACAUUGAGGAAGGACCCACUGCUGGUCCUGACGGAGUCAAAGAGAUUCCUGGUAGUGUCACAUCUCUUAUUGAGCGUUUGGAUGACGAGUUCACUCGUGCUCUUCAAAACAUCGAUCCUCACACAACCGAAUAUGUUGAUAGAUUACGUGACGAGGCUGAUCUGUACACACUGAUUAUUCGUGGCCAGUUGUACUUGGAAUCCAGCCUAAAACAAGGUCAACAACCUCAUACAUCCGAGGCUCUUAGCCGACUUUUAGUGCGAAGGCUCGAUCACAUCUACUAUAAACCCACUUCAGUUAUUAUCAAUUCUGAGCGUGACGCCUGGGACAAGAUCCGUAGUGCCGAUGUCACCUCUAAACAACUCAUUACUCCUAGAAUCUCUGGUGAUGUUGCUGUUACUGAUAAGAGCUACACUAUCCAACUUAUCGAUAGAAUCUGUUCUGUCCUCUACCAACAACAAAGCACUAUUUUCAGAUCCAAGGCUAUGUUGAGUCAUAUCUACCACUAUGCUUUGAACGACUACUAUUUCAAGGCCCGUGACUUGUUUUUGAUGUCGCAUUUACAAUCUUCCAUCCACACUGCUGACCCCACCAUCCAAGUCCUCUAUAACAGAGCUCUUGUACAGGUUGGUUUGUGUGCCUUUAGAAUCGGUUUGAUUGUCGAGUGUCAACAAUCAUUACAAGAGAUCUGCUCUUCGUCCCGUCUCAAGGAGCUUCUUGGCCAAGGUGUCACCAAGUUCGGUCAAGUCAGUGCUCCUGAUAAGCAGAGAUUACUGCCCUUCCACAUGCACAUCAAUCUCGAGUUGUUGGAGUGUGUCUACCUGACUGCCUCUCUUCUCAUCGAGAUCCCACUCAUGGCCUCUCUCGGCAACUCUAUCGAUGCCAAGAAGAAGAUUGUAUCCAAGCCAUUCCGUAGAAUGCUCGACUACCAUGACAGACAAGUUUUCAGCGGACCUGCUGAAAACACCCGUGAUCACAUUAUGCAAGCUGGUAAGGCCCUGUUGAACGGUGACUGGACCAGUUCUCGUGACUUGCUGACCUCGAUCAAAAUCUGGUCUUUGCUCAGCAAUGCCGAAGAAAUCAAGACCAUGCUUGGCGUCAAGGUCCAAGAAGAGGGUCUCAGAACAUACAUUUUCAACUACGGCUCGUGUUACCAGUCACUGUCGAUUUCCAUACUGUCAUCGCUGUUUGAGCUUUCCGAGCGCAAGGUGUCUGCUAUUGUGUCCAAGAUGAUUGCUACUGAGGAGAUCGCUGCUGCUCUUGAUCAAAAGUCCAACUCGAUUGUUUUCAGAAAGGGUGUUGAGCUCUCCAACUUGCAAGUUCUUGCCCAAGCUCUUGCCGACAAGUCCGUGCAACUGGCGGAAAGAAACGAGAGACUCGCUGCCGGUGGCCACCAGCUGUCUGAGCAAGGCAACACCAGCGGGCCAAACAAGCCCUCGGGACAAUCUGGCCAGGGCGACCGUUACAACAACGACCGUUCGUCUAACCAAAGAGGCCAAAACAGACAGGGUAAUAGCGGUCGUCGUGAGAACCAGCAGCCCAGACCCAUCCGCGCUUAA